UGGUAACCCACUGGUACUGUGUUAUGGUUCUAAUGUCCCGAUGUUUCUCAUUGGAUGCAAAUCUGAUCGCAAAGGCGCACUGAAUCAAGUCCAUGGGCCUUGUGUAACUACAGAAGAGGCAAAGGAGGCGGCUACUCAACUCGGUGCCAUAGACGCCCUCGAAUGUUCCGCAAUGAAAAGGAACACCGUCAAAAGAGUGGUGGAUAUGUUGGCCUG